AUGGAUGCGACACAACAACGCGAUGAUUUAGGUUCGAACAGUGAAAGUAAUAAUUUAGAAUCGAAUUUUUUACAAGGAUCUAUUGGAAACGAUGAAAUUGACCACGAAAACUUAAGUAACCAACAUUCUAGUUUGUUUGAUAAUGGUGAAAGCAAACCUAAUUUUGGAUUGGACAAUGCUUUAAAUUUAAAUAAACAAAACUCUGACGAAAAUAAAAAUGAAUUUGCUUGUGUAUUCAAUGUUAUCGAUAAAAAUAUCGAUAAAGAUGGGGUCAAUAAUGAAUUAAAUAAUAUUGAAAAAGGGAAGAAUCCUGAAUUUAGUGUCGAUUACAAUAUAAAUAGUAAUGCUGAUGGAUCAAAACUUACACAAAACAAUCAAACUCAAGGACCAGAGUAUAGUAAUAAUACUGUUGGAGAUGGAUCAAACCAAACUCAAACUAGAAAAUUUUUUAAAAAAGCUGCGUUAUUCAAACAGUUUUUUUCUUGGCGUGAUAAUGAAGAUUCUCCUGAUGUUGUCAAAGUUGUAUUUCAUGUACAUUUACCAUUUGCUAUAGAAAAUAAAGGAGAUCCAGUCGUAAUAGGCAAUAUCAAAGAAUUAGGAAAAUGGAAAGAGCCAAUUGUUCAACUUCAACUUCCAUCUCGCCAUCAUAGCCCAACCUAUUGGAUGUCGGAACCAGUGUCAAUACCAAUUUCCGCUUUUGAUGAAGGCAUCAGGUAUAGAUAUGCAGUUUAUGUUUCUCGAAAACCGGACAAGAAAAAUAAAGAAACGGGUGAUUUAUAUCCCGAAGUCGGUAAAGAAUUUCGCUUUUUAGAAAACAAAGGUGGUAAUCAGUUUGAUUUAGUGGAGGAAAUAAUGAUUGAUGGUAGAAAAUAUUUGAGAAAAGCUCGAGAGUUUGAUUUUUUGGAUUUUAUCUUUCAAUCACUGACCUCUGAAAAUAUCAAGCAAAAGAUUUUAGAAUAUCAAGACAUCUUGAACAAAUUUCAGGCAUUGACCAUGUCUGUCGCUGAUAUUUCAUUUAUUGAAGAUUGUCUUCAGGAAACAAAAUCAAAAGAAAAACGUAUUUUCCUAUGUGUUCUUUUGGGAUAUUAUGUUAAAUAUCGUCAAACAUAUUCACUUGCCAAUUAUUUUUCACUACGAAAGAGUUUCCCUUCAAUACCAUUCAUUGAGUGUCUUGAAAAAUAUCAACCUAACAGUAUACCCGAGGAUGCACAUGAAGCACUUUUAACAGCUAUCUCUGCAUUGGUUCGGCAUAAUGCCCUUUUUUGUGAUUUAUUUGAUUGGCUUAAAAUGUUUGCUGUUGCUCAUGUGGUUGAUCCAAAUUAUUCGUUUAUAGAAGCUUUGAUAGAUCUAAGAUAUAACGAUGAAGACAUGCAAAAAUUCAUUAAACAUUAUAUUCCUAAACAAGUGGUGCCAUACAUAAAUAAUAUUGAAAAUAAUAAAACAUAUGCUAGAAUAGCUGAUAUUGAUCAGCUCUUAAAUAUUUGGAUGGAUAUUAUUGAGCACACUCAAGAAAGAGAUGAAUUGCUUCGCAAACCUUUUCUCACUCGUGUUCAGGCAAUUAUCUCGGCCGGAGAUGCAACAGAUUUAGCAAAAUGUCUUGACAAAGUGCCUGUUGAACUUCGAAAUGAAGUUGCUGAGGCAUUCCGUAUACGAGCUAUACAAUUAUUAGGUCAUACAUAUCAUGAAUGGAAUAAACAAAAUUCCAAUUCAAUUCAAAAUAUUUUAUUGAAUUCUCAACUUAAUUGGACUAAGGAAGAUUUCCUUGAAACACUUCGUCGAGUUUCGUUAUCAUCAAAGGUAAAUUUGUUGAUGAUAUUUCCAAAACUUCUUCAAUUUUGGUUUAAAUUUGAUGAUGUAAAAGAUGAAAUGUCCGAAAUAAUUCUUGAAAUAUGUAAUCAAUGGUAUCAACAAUUUUUGGAUCAUUUUAAUGACAAUACAUCAUCAAAAACAUCCUUUGAUGAUCGGAAUUUCGCUUACGCUGUUUUCGAUAAUUUAUCACAUAUCUAUCCAAUUAUUGGAAAUCAUCACAAUAUUUUUAUGCAAUUGAUUAAUAUUGCCAUAGAUCGUGUCAAACAGUGUUCAGAAAAUCAAAUUUUAAGAGCGACAUCUCUUAUUAUUAAGACGGAACCCAAUAUUUACAUGCAUUAUGGUGAAAUGAUCAAAGGCAUAUUAAAUAUUUCUAUUAGAGAGGCAGACGACAAUCUUUUAACAAAAAUGCAAUAUAUUUGUGGUUGUAAUUCAAGGGUUCUUAACAUACCUCAUGAAUUAAAUGAGGAAAUUAUAUGCUAUAUCAUGGAGAGAUUGCAAAAGAGUUACCCAAUUUCGUAUGAAAAUAUAGCCACCACUGCAAUAUCUUUACUUCGUUCUGCAAAGUUUUGGAUAUUACUUCUUCAUGCAACCGGUCAUGUUGAACAAUUGAAUAAACAUCAAUAUGUAACUCAAGCUAAAGAUCUGAUACUCAAAUUUUCUGAUAUGAUUAAAAAUGAAUCUAUUUCUAUUCGAUACUUGCAAGAACUUUUGCAAUAUGAUAAUGAAACAUUAUACCAAUUUUUUGAUUCUGCUACUACUAAAAGGGAUUCUGUCAUAUUAAGUAAAGAUAAUAUAUACAACCUUCGUAAACAAUGUGAAAGCUAUGAACUAAUAUCAGACCAACUUCGAACUUUUUACACACAAUUUUGUCCACAUGGAAAAGUCAAAGAUGUUCAACAAUUUCUUGAUGAUAUAAAUUCUCGAGCAAAACGAUUGCGAAAUACUACACUCAAAGAGUCACAAGCACCUGAUCAUUGGGAAUACCACAAAAAAACCAGAGUUGCUGCGGAACGUGUACACAAAACAUCAAAAUCUCAAACGUUCCGUAACAUUUUUGAGAAUAUCAUACAAGUCAAAGAAGAUUUAACAGUAGAAGCAGUUGCACAGACAUUAAUUCCACAAGUGUUCGAGGAAUAUAAGAAGUUAUGUCUUGAAUACUUAAAAUGGGAGGAACUUGUAUGUUCUAAGGGCAGCAUUCUGUGGAAGAAUGUUUCAAGUGUAAAUCAUGAACUUGAUAUUAUGGAUAACUAUAUAAAAAUGGAACGAAAUCAAAAAUUACUUGAUACACUCACUCAUCUUUCUCAAUUUCCGAAGCAAAUUGAAAGACUUAAACAGUUAGCAGCAGUUGUAACAAUUUUCAAAGUUACUCAUACGAAAGACGAUUGGCUUGACAAAUUGAUUAAAUUCUUUAACGGAGAUUACCUGUGGCUAGGAAAAUUGAAUGAUUUUUUUGACAAAUAUUUUAAUCAUUUUCUUUCGGCAGUCGAUGAAAAUUGUUGGGAAUUGAUUAAAGAAUUAUCAAAUGCCAGCGACUUUAUAAUAUUUCUUCGAUCAGUGGCAGAACAUGAUAUUAAAAAUUUGAUUAAUGGCGUAGAUGAACAUUCGGAUGAACGUCUUAUUCAAGAAGACACUGUAUCAUCACUUAUCCAAGUCAAGCAAUUUUUGCUCCCAUUACUUAAUGCUAAUUCCUUAUCUCUUAAGCAAUUUUUACAUGAAUUACGAAGUAUUACUGAUGCCAAUCCCUCUUUAGGUAGUAAAAUAGCAUUAUGUAAUAGCAGCAAUAUGGCAUUACAAAAUAUGUAUAAUAAUAUUUCGAAUCGUGGUGAAGUGACCAAGGAAAAAAUCCGCAAUGCAGUAAAGAAAGGAACAUACACAUUCAAACGAGUAAGUAAAGAUGAUAAAUGUUCUGUGAUGCUAACCUAUCCAUCUAGCACAGAGUCCAAACCAUACAGCUUGAAUGAUUUGCAUGAUUUACGUGGACGAGCUCUUUUAAUCUCUAAACCUGGAGCUGCAGUGGAUUUAACUGCGAUUCACGGUGAAGAUGCUCUAGCAAAAAAUGUGAUGGAUGAAUUUGUAGUACAGGUUGAUUUAGCAAAUGAGAUUAUAAACAUUGCAUCAAAAUUAAUUCAAAUGGGACAUUUUGGAUAUCGUGAAUUUAGUAGAGCUGCAAAGGGAACUGAACCCUUACAAAAGUUGGAACAUGAAUUGAAA